AUGGACAAGGAUAUUGAGAUCAGAAAAGAGCCUGCGGGCCUCAUUGCAACCGCGUCUAUCGACGACAUCAAUGCCGAAGCACGCACAGCCACUGACAAAGAGCAUAAUUAUUCUUUCUGGGAAGCUGUGAGGUUGUACCCAGCAGCUGUCGGAUGGUCUCUCUUCUUCUCACUGGGUGUUAUAAUGUGUGCCUUUGAUCCGCAACUUUUAGGUCAGCUGUAUGCGACGCCAGCAUUUCAGCGUGACUUCGGUUACCUCUACGAUGGGAGCUAUAUUGUCUCAGCUCCAUGGCAGACUGGCCUGAGCAUGGGCUCGCCCAUCGGCCAAGUCGUUGGAGCUUUUUUCGCGGCUUACCCAAUGGAGUGGUUCGGCCGCAAAAAGACCUUCGGAGCUUGUGUCAUUCUCACCACCGGUUUUGUCUUUAUCCAGUUCUUUGCGAGAUCGCUUCCUGUUCUACUCGUUGGUGAAUUGCUCGGAGGUUUAGUCUUGGGAAGCUAUGCUGUGAUCGCCCCGGCGUAUGCCUCAGAGGUGUGCCCUUUGGCCCUUAGAGGUGUUUUGACAUCUUGCACGAACAUCUGCUUCGUGACAGGCCAAUUGAUUGCAAAUGGUGUCAUCGCUGGGACACAUGUACUUGACAGCCACUGGGCUUAUAGCGCGCCGUUCGCAGUCCAGUGGCUUUGGCCGCUGGUCAUUCUGAUUGGUUUGCCGUUUGCUCCUGAAAGCCCGUGGUGGCUGCAACGACAAGGUCGUUUUGAGGACGCUGAAAAGGCUCUCAAGCGACUGGCCUCACCAAAAGUCGACGUCCGACCUACACUGGCCAUGAUCAUCGAGACGGACCGACUGGAGAGGGAAAUUGAAGCUGGCUCCACUUACCGGGAUUGUUUCAAGAAGAUCAACAUCCGCCGAACAGAGAUUGCCGUCGGUGUUUACACUAUCCAAGUUCUUUCUGGCAUCUACCUUGUCGGCUAUGCCACUUAUUUCUUCACCCUCGCUGGCCUACCCUCCGACCAAGCAUUCAACAUGGGCGUGGGCUUCCUCGCCAUCGGCUUCGUGGGUACUUGUCUCUCCUGGAUAUUGUUGAUCUACUUUGGCCGCCGAACCAUCUACAACACGGGCCUGGCUCUCCUGGCUGUCCUCCAGAUAAUCAUCGGAAUCCUCGAUUGCGCGCCCAACUACGACAACAGGCCAUCCAUUUCUUGGGCCCAGAGCGUGCUGAUGCUGAUCUGGAACUUCAUCUACGACCUGUCCAUUGGACCCGUGUGCUUCGUCCUCCUCUGCGAAGUGUCGGCCACCAGAGUCCGCGGAAAGACCAUCGCCAUCGCCACCGCGGUUCAGGCCAUGGCCGGUAUAGUCAUGACCGUAGCCAUUCCCUACAUGAUCAAUCCCGAUCAAGCGGACAUGCGAGGGAAACUCGGCUUCUUCUUCGGUGGACUGGCAGCGCUGUGCCUGACUUGGUCAUACUUCCGAGUUCCUGAAUUGAAAGGGAGAACUUUCCAGGAAGUCGACAUCAUGUUCGAGCGCAACAUCAAGACAAGAGACUUCAAGCACUAUGUGGUGGCUUAA